GAGCAGAAGGCUUGGACAGCAACUGAUUCCCUGGGUAACCGGAGGAGAGUGCUGUGCUUUCUGUCUUUUCAAACUUCUUUCGUUGAUACUCCCCUUGGGAUUGAGGGACAGUGCUUGGAGAACUGGGACCAAUGGAGUUAGAAGCCAUAGAACUCUGUCCUUAUGACCCAAACCACAGGAUACCAGCCAGCAGGUUACAAUACCAUCUGGCAUCAUGCAAAAAGAAAAAUCCGAAGAUAGCUAAAAAGAUGGCUAACUGCAAAUAUAACGCUUGUCAUGUGGUCCCAAUCAAAAGGCUCAAGGAACAUGAGGCCAACUGUGUCAACAGAAGUGCAGUUGAUGAUGAGCCCCUUAAUCUUCCAAAGGUCACUCCCCCAAGUUUUGAAGGAAAUGAAAACUCCAAUGCUGGCGAUCAGAUUACUGACCCUGACGUCUGGAAUGUGGAUCAUAUGCAUCAUUCUCCUUCAUUUGUUCUUGAGACGUUUGCUCCGAAAAAGCUGGUUUGUGAAAGUGACUCAAGAGACCUACAACAGGCUGAUAAGUAUCCUAGCAGCUACAAGUCCUGGGGAAGAGGUCAGAAAAACUGAUGGAGACAUUGCAAAUUAAAGCG